AUGGCCAUGCACGACAAGAGGUUCAUGGGGGCUUCGGGUAACCAAGGGCCCGGCGGGGCGGGAGGAGAGCCACAACAACGCCUGUCCGUCGGCGGUGGCGGCGGCGGUUUUGAGCUGCCGCCUGGCCGUCCCCCGGUUAUGGCCCCGCGCGGCGAUCCCCGCCCUCCCCUUGUCCGGCAUGGAUUCCAAGGACGGGGACCACCCGCCCGUGGGCCUCCGGGGAACGGCGCUUUCGGGGGCAUCGGCGGCGGCGUUGGCCACAUCGGGAGGCUGGGUGUUGCGCCGCCGCAAGGACGGGGACCACCCCCCCGUGGACCUCCGGGGAAUGGUGCUUUCGGGGGCCUCGGCGGCGGUGUCCGCGGCGGUGGUGUUGGCAAUAUCGGGGGGUCGGGUGCUUCGCAGCCGUGGGUUUCCUUGGGAGGAAGCAACGAGGAAGAUGGGGAAGGGUUCCCGCUGGUCCACACCAGUCCGGAAUGGACGCCGGCGUGGGUGAUGAAACCGGACCAUCGUAGCGGCACCGUCCAAGGUGCGUACGAGGGCAACGCUGGUGGUGGUGAUGGUGAGGCUGGUACCAGCGUUGAUUGCGGAGAGGAGGGGGUGGGUGGGGAUGAGCGUGUUCAGCGGGAAGGCGCGAUGGGCAAGAGCAACGGGAGUUCUACAGCAGCAGGGGCGGAGGGACGAGAUAAGGGCGACAGUCCGAGACUUUCCAUCGAGUCUGCUGUCCGUGAUAAGGAGGAGGAGGAAGCUGGUAGCUUGGCAGCCGCAGCAGUUGGUAAAGGCGGCAAAGCCGCCACUGAUGGAGGAGGUGCCACUGCUACUUCUUCUGGUAGUUCUUCGGUGACACUCCCGCCCCCCGGCGAGCAGCGGUUGGAACCUACCCCUCUCUCCAAACUGACGUGGAGUGUCGGAGACUUGAUGAACAGUUUCCCUGGGCUCGCCAUCCCCGACAGCUUGACUCACGCGAUCGCUUCGUGGGCCGCGCUGGACACGAGGGCUAUAGGGGUGAUUCCUAUGCUCUGCCAGCCGUUGACAGACGCUAGGGCAGCAGCGGGAGAGGAGAGCGUGAGCCGUGGCCCGCAUGCCUCCGGGGGGAAGGGGAAGGGGAAGGGGAAGGGGAAGGGGAAGGGAAAGGGCAAGCGAAAGCGGAACGAGAGACGACAAGCGCCGGCGGAGGGAGAGGGGGCGGCUUCGGAGGGUCCUGUUCGGGUGUGGGAAGCCAGGGUCCUCGUACCGUUCGGCCUCAUCCCGGAAAAGGCUGCCAAAGGGUGCUGGGGAGAGGCCCUGCGGCUAGUCCUAGCUCCGUCUCAAGUGGCAUCGACGACACCCACGGCUGCCUGUAAACAGCGAGACAAAGUCAGUGAUCCCGAUGCAGAAGAAGAGGAAGAAGCGGAGGAGGAAGAGGAAGAGGAGGAGGAGGGUAUUGUUACUGAAUUGGCGGAAGACAAAAAGGGAAUUGACCCUCUCGUGGAGGGACGGAGUUUGACUCUUCCUGGCGGACUGUGGGACGAGGAAUUGGAUGGAGGAGAUCCCGAGGCUGAUGACAACCGCGCCCUCAUCAGUACAGCUGUUCGCACCUGCAAGACAGCCGGGAGUGUGGAUCUGGCCCGCUGUUCAACCUGGCUUAAGUUCUCCGAGCUCCACGAUGAAGAACGCACGACGGUGGUUUUCCUUUGCGGCGGAGGCGUUCGGGUGGCUGAGGGAACACCGGGUGACCUUCACACGGCUACCAUCUCAGAUCUCGUCAGCCGAAAAUCAAGCGACGUCGUGCCCUCUACCUCGGGGACUGUUGAGGUUACCCGUGGCGGUGGCGGGCACAAAGCGCGGAAAGGCUUGGAAGCAACUUUUGAGGCCAAGCUUGGGGCCAUUUUCUUGUGGGGGUUAGUGUCGCGAGAUUGGGCCGGGGUACUGUUGGACUGCCUCAGGUGA